AUGUCCAGCAAACCAGCAGCCCUAUGUUUAGCAAACCAGCAGCCCUAUGUCCAGCAAACUAACAGCCCUAUGUCCAGCAAACCAACAGCCCAGCAAACCAACAGCCCUAUGUCCAGCAAACUAACAGCCCUAUGUCCAGCAAACCAGCAGCCCUAUGUCCAGCAAACUAACAGCCCUAUGUCCAGCAAACCAACAGCCCUAUGUCCAGCAAACCAACAGCCCUAUGUCCAGCAAUGUCCAGCAAACCAACAGCCCUAUGUCCAGCAAAACCAGCAGCCCUAUGUCCAGCAAACCAGCAGCCCUAUGUCCAGCAAACCAACAGCCCUAUGUUUAGCAAACCACCAGCAAACCAACAGCCCAAACCAACAGCCCUAUGUCCAGCAAACCAGCAGCCCCUAUGUCCAGCAAAGCAACAGCCCUAUGUGUCCAGCAACAACCACAGCAAACCAACAGCCCUAUGUCCAGCAAACCAACAGCCCUAUGUCCAGCAAACCAACAGCCCUAUGUCCAGCAAACCAGCACCAGCAACAGCCCUAUGUUUAG